GUACGCCCAAAAAACGUUACGCGCCCACGCGUUUUAUAAACAACAUGUCAUUGUGUGCGUAACAAACAACUACGUCACGGAGUUUUUCAUAGCGAAGGUAGUAAUAAAGCGGCACGCAUGUUCUAAUUUUAAGCUUAUAACGGCAAGCACUUCGUACCCUUCCCUUCCCCUUCUCCUCGCCAAUUACAUUCUCAGUUCUGAAAAGGAAAAGAAUACGAAGAAGGAUGGAGGGAAAUUUUCAAAUUUCGGAGACGACUAAUCUGCUUCGAAAGAUCAAAGAGUUUACUCGAUCGAUCGUCGAAGAUCUAGCCGAGGGAAAAUCUCCAGAAAUUGCCAUUAAUCGAUUCAGAAACUACUGCAACGAUCCAGAAGCAGAUUGUUUUUGCAGCUCCGAUGAACCGAAAGGUCGGGAGAUUCUCACCCUUAGGAAGAGAUCGCAAACCUAUAGAAUCGAUAUGUUGCUAAGAGUAUUGUUGAUAGUUCAACAACUUCUUCAAGAAAAUAGACAUGGAUCCAAAAGGGAUAUCUACUAUAUGCAUCCAUCAGCAUUCAAAGCACAAUCUGUUGUAGACCGGGCAAUUGCUGAUAUAUGCAUUCUUUUCCAGUGUAGUCGGUACAACUUGAAUGUGGUGUCUGUUGGAAAUGGGUUGGUGAUGGGGUGGUUAAAGUUUAGGGAAGCUGGAAGGAAGUUUGAUUGUUUAAGCAGCCUGAAUACUGCAUUUCCCGUUCCUGUUCUUGUAGAGGAAGUCGAAGAUAUUGUUAGUUUGGCAGAGUACAUACUGGUGGUGGAAAAGGAAACAGUAUUCCAGCGUUUAGCAAAUGACAUGUUUUGCAAGACGAACCGCUGCAUCGUCGUCACAGGAAGAGGCUAUCCUGAUGUCUCUACAAGAAGGUUCUUGCGACUCCUGAUGGAGAAGUUGCAACUACCUGUGCAUUGUCUAGUCGACUGUGAUCCAUAUGGCUUUGAGAUCCUAGCCACAUACCGUUUUGGCUCCAUGCAAAUGGCCUAUGAUAUAGAAUCAUUGCGAGCACCAGAAAUGAAAUGGUUGGGAGCUUUUCCUUCAGACUCUGAGAUAUACGGUGUUCCCCAACAGUGUCUAUUGCCAUUGACAGAAGAAGAUAAGAAAAGAACUGAAGCAAUGUUGCUUAGAUGCUACCUGAAGCGUGAAAUGCCACAAUGGAGGCUGGAACUUGAAACGAUGCUGAAAAGAGGAGUGAAGUUUGAGAUCGAAGCACUCUCAGUUCACUCACUCUCGUUUUUAUCAGAAGUUUACAUUCCUUCUAAAAUACGUAGUGAGGGAAGCUUCCAUUGAGCUCUAUAGGAGUCUCCAGAGUCCAGUUCAGCC